AUGCAGAGGCCGGUGAGCUCCCCGUCGCUGCCCGCUUUCGAGGACGAGGGGGAGGACCUGGAGGCCAAGCCGGAGAAGGCGCCCGCCGUCCGGCCGUAUGCGGCGACGGAGCGAUAUGUCGAGCUUCGGAGGGAAGGCCGGGGGACGGAAGCCCAAGCUGCUCUGACGCGGACCAAGGAAGGAGACGAUCAUGACAAGAGCUCAAGGACUGAGGACGCGAUAUGCCAAAAAGAUGUGAACGUUUUCUGCUUUCUUUCUUGA